CCAGCAGCAGUGAUCAGAGAUCCGGGAUCAGGGACUGAGCAGCGACAGCAGGUGCAGGACUCCCUUUCUAUAAAAAUACAGAAAAGAACAAACUGUGCAUCUGCGCAUGGUUGUUUACUGGCUUUACAAUGAGGAUCCUGACCAACUUCACAUGUGAGCCAUUCCAGUGCCGGCGCAUGCACAGAAACUACUGAGGCCUACUGGGACUUGUCUCUCCCGGUCUCUGAGGGCCCAAAUUUCGUUUUUUGAAAAGCUCCCAUGUGACGUGUUGAUUGAAGAACUGAGUCCUGGUCUUCAGAUCUGAAAUGCCGUCAUCAGACAUACCCAAAGAACGCAGCAGACAACGUAUUCAAAAUCCCAUUGAAGCUUGGCGUAUGCAAAACGAUGUGUGGAACCAUGAGACCAAUUUACAUAUAGAUGAAAACAAAAGCUUAUUAGAAGACUAUGACAAUGGAUUAUCAGAACCUGAUCAUGAAAUAGUCCUUAAAAAUGAUUUCAGUAACAUUUUACUGCUCUUAUUCCUCUAUGUCUUGCAGGGAAUUCCUCUUGGUUUGGCUGGGAGCAUCCCACUUAUAUUACAAAGCAAAAAUGUUAGUUAUUCUGACCAAGCUAUUUACAGCUUUGUGUUUUGGCCUUUCAGCCUGAAACUGCUGUGGGCACCUUUAGUGGAUGCUGCUUAUUUUCCAAACUUUGGGCGGAGAAAAUCUUGGUUGGUACCAACUCAGUAUUUUUUGGGGCUUUUUAUGCUUUGCCUGUCGUCUGAAGUAGAUGCACUAUUGAAAAGUGACGAACACACUAGCCCCAAUAUUGUUAAACUCACAGUUGUGUUUUUUAUAUUUGGGUUUCUGGCAGCUACUCAGGAUAUAGCAGUGGAUGGCUGGGCAUUAACUAUGUUAUCCAAAGAAAAUGUAGGACUAGCUUCUACUUGUAAUUCAGUUGGACAGACAGCUGGGUACUUUCUCGGUAACGUGCUCUUCCUGGCAUUGGAAUCACCAGAGUUCUGCAACACAUAUCUACGUUCUCAGUCGCAACCAACUGGAAUUGUCACUCUAUCAGGUUUUCUCUCUUUUUGGGGAAUAAUUUUCUUGGUGACAACAACCUUGGUUAUGGUAUUUAAAAAGGAGACCUUGGGACAAAUGUCGUUACGUGAUGUUCCUCAGCAAGGAAUCAAGGAAACCUACAAGUCGCUCAUCUGUAUAGUAAAGAUGCCUGCUGUCUUAAAUUUCUGCAUCAUGUUGCUAACAGCAAAAAUUGGAUUCUCAGCUGCUGAUGAAGUGACUGGAUUGAAGUUGGUUGAAUUGGGUGUGCCUAAAGAGCAGUUGGCUAUACUUGCAGUGCCUAUGGUCCCGCUGCAAAUAUUAUUACCGUUUGUGAUAAGUAAAUACACAGCAGGUCGAAAACCUCUGAAUGUUUUUUACUGGGCAAUGCCAUUUAGGUUACUUAUGGGUAUGAUAUUUGCUUUGGUGGUUUUUUGGACUCCUAUGCUGAAACAGGGCACAGAGUUUCCUGUUUAUUAUUAUGGAGUACUGUUGUUCAGUUAUGCCUUACAUCAGGUGACUGUCUAUAGCAUGUAUGUUGCAGUCAUGGCAUUUAAUGCUAAAAUUAGUGACCCUUCGAUUGGAGGAACGUACAUGACUCUACUGAAUACUAUUUCUAAUCUUGCUGGAAACUGGCCAGCUACAUUAGCUCUUUGGUUGGUGGACCCACUUACAGUCAAGAAGUGCAUAGGUGCACCUGAACAAAGCUGUAGAUCUGCAAUUGAUUCUGAACUUUGUGCAAAAUCUGGUGGCUCCUGUUCAACCAUAACUGAUGGCUAUUAUGUGGAAUCUGUAUCUUGCAUUUUUAUUGGGCUUGCAUGGUGGCUGCGCUAUGGAAACAAAUUCAGAAAACUGCAGGAUGAGCACCCAUCCACGUGGCAGUGCAAGAGGAAUAAUUGAGGUCUUGAUAAAUGAACAUUUGGAGUUUAAUUAAAUUGAGAUCUCUUGACCAGUUUUGAAGGAAUAAUACAAAAUAAGGGAUUUUAUUCAGUUUUGUAAAUGUUAUUUUGACAAUGGUUGUUAUAAGUGGUAAUUAUAUGUAUUGUACUAAUUUUGAUCAGGCUUUUUGUUUGCUUUGGCUAGAGUAAAAACUACCUAUGCAAUAGCACUCACUACAUAGGUAGAGAUCAACUUGCAUUGUUUCAGGUGCCAUAUAAACAGAUCACUAUAUAUUUUCUUACUUUUCUGAGAUGCAGAUAACUCCUACCUAUUUUUCAUUUUGUUUAAGCAACCGGCAGAUCAUUUGUAACAGCUAUAAGUUAUAUAGUUUCUUGGAAAUUAUAGCUCUUUAACAACACUUUUUACUGAAUAAUUUAAUCUACAGUUUUGCACUGUAUUUUAAAUGGCUUUUGCUUUUUGCAUAUUAGAGCUACAGAUCCUUGUCUGUGGUGCUCUAUGAUUCUCUGCAAAACAUUUGACCCUUUUUUUUUAAAAAGAGUUGUUUGAUAUUAAAUUUCUGCCCUGGAAGUUACAGGAGAGGGAAUUAGGCCAUCUUAAAACAUAACUGACAUAAUGUUGUGCAGUGUUUUUGAGUUACCAGUAGAUGGUAUUUUAUCAUACCUACCCAAAAAGAUCUUAACCAUUGUUUUGCUGAAUAUCAGUGUUUCACAAGUGUCUCACUUAAUCUAUUGUGUAAUCAAAGGGCAACACUCCUUAUUAAUGCAGUACAUCCUUAAGACCAAAAUGAUGAAUGGGAUAGGCUAAAAAAGCAAUUGUGCAUACAACCUAAAUGGUGAAGAUGAAAUAUCCUCAGUGCUUCAUUUUUGUAAUGCCUGAGCCAAUUGUUUAAUAGUACAGGCAAUCAAAUGCAGUCAAUAAUUAUAUACUUCUGUUGUACCAAGAGUCAAACUUUGAUGCCCUGAUUGUAGCAUAUAUGUAUUCUUAAAUUCUCUCUCUUCCUAUUUGGAAAAAGUCAAUUCAGUAAGUAAAGGUAAUGCCUCGGCUAUUUCAACGAACAAAUUUUCUUUGGGUUUCCAAAAACAAUUUGAAUUCUAUUACGUACAAAGUUGCAUCAAAUUACACUUGCAUAAAAUCAGAAGAACUGUACUUGAUUGAGCAAGCAGUCAAAUUAAUGUUUGCAAUCUGUACAAUGAGGGUUCCAUUUAAAGUAAUAUAACCUGUCUGUAAUCAUUCUUUUAAUGCUGUUAAAGAAUUACAUGUUAAAGUAUUAAAAUGAAGGCUAUGUUGCAACUGGGAGAUGUCAGUAUUGAUUCAAUUAUAUCAGGAGAGACAUCAUCUAGUUGUAAUCGAUUUAAGUCAAAAAGUGAUGGGUUCAAGCUCCUGUCUAGGACUUGAGUACAUAACCUAGCCUGAAAUUUUAGUGCAGCAGUGGAGAUGCCAUAUUUUGAAAAAUGCUAAACAGAGAACCCCAUCUCCUGUUCAGGUGGCAAUGGAAAAAGCUAUGGCAUGAUCUGAAGAAGAGCGGAGUUUUCCAGUAUUCCAAUCAAAACUACCAAGAACAGAUGAGCUGGUUGAACUUAUGAGCUGUUUAUCGGAUAUUGGAUUAGCUGCUACAUUUGGCUACAGAAGGAUAGAAAAAAUAAUUUAUUGACUGAACUACUUUGUGACAUUCUGAUGUGAUGAGGCAUUAUAUAAAUGCAGAUUAUUUUUGGAAACUGAUUGCAAGCAUAAAGGCACAAAUAUUUUGAUCA